AUGACGACCGCUCACCCACUCUCGCACUUCGCCAUCCCCUCGCUAUUCAAUGUGCGCGAUCUGGUCUGUGUCAUCACCGGUGGCUCCUCGGGCCUAGGCCUGUACGCUGCCCAUGCAUUGGCAUCCAACGGAGCGCUAGUCUACAUCAUCGGUCGACGAGAACCUCUCCUCACAUCCACCGUAUCGCAGUUCCACGCCCUCUUCCCCUCCCCUUCCUCUCGGGCCGGGGGAGACCUGGUGGGCGUCACUGCGGAUAUCACGUCCAAAACCUCGCUCGAGAAUGCCCGCUCGUUCAUCACCACCGACCUCGCCGCUCGCUCCAAGACAGGCAUCCAGGUUCUCAUCUGUAAUGCCGGGAUCGGGGGCAAGUUCCUCCGUUCGUACGGUCAGGAUCUUCCUCCGUCUCAAGCCGAUAAAGAUGCCGAAUUCAACACCAUCCUCGACGAGCUGUGGAGCUUUACCGAAUCGGACAUCUCCUCCAUCCUCGAGACAAAUGUCACGGGCACCUACCUCACCGCUCUUGCCUUCCUCCCCCUCCUCAAGGCGGGCACUACCACCGAAUAUCCAAGCCAAACCAUCCUGAUCAGCUCCAACGCGGCCUGGUCGAAACUACCUAUCUUAAACCCGAUCUACAACAUCUCCAAAACCGCCGUGUCGCAGAUGGGUCAGAUGCUGAGCACCAUGUUCUGCGACCACGGGUUGAGGACGAACGUCGUCGAGCCUGGCCUUUACCCAAGUGAUCUGACGAGCACCGAAGGGCGGGACGACUCGACAGGUCAUGGAAAGUUGAGUCAUACCAACGGGGCGGAUAUCCCCAUUGGCCGAUGUGGUAGGCCUGAGGAGCACGCUGCUGCUGUAGUCUACCUUGUCAGUCGCGCGAGCGCCUUUGCUAACGGGGCUAGGAUGAGAGUCGACGGUGGUGCACUGCAGAAGUUGCCCGCGAGCGACUAG